AAUUGGGGGAAAAGAAAAGAAUUGGGGAAAUCACACCAGAAGCUAGGGUUCGUAUUAUUACAUUCUCUUUGAAGGUGAAAUCACGUUCUUUGUUCGAUUGCAAGCGACAGGACUCCUUGGUGGACAACAUUGUCUUGGAAGCGCAUGUGCGAGUUGGUUGAUUCAAAGAGAUGGAUAAUGAAUUGCAGAAGUCUCAUUCUUGUUCAUCUUCGACAUGUAAUGGGUGGCGCAAUGAGAAUUAUAAUGUUGUUUUUCGUGGUGGUGGAUCACCCCUUUGCUUGUGUGGAGAGAAAACGGUGGUAAGAAUAGCUCGAACUGUGAAGAAUAGAGGGAAGCAAUUUUGGGGCUGCCCUAUGUACAAGAACGGACAUGAAGGUGGUUGUAAUUUCUUCAAAUGGUGUUGUGACGAUGCUAGUGAGAAAAGUUAUAUGGAUGUGAAGUGUGAAGAAAAGCAUGAGUGUGUGUCAAAGAAAGAAGAAAUGGGAGGUGGAACGAAGAUGAUGAGUGAUUUGCAUAAAUCUGUUAAGGUUGUGGAGAAAUUGAUGAAGGUGUUGAUAGGGCUGGUAUUUUUUAUUUGUAUAAAUGUUAUUGUUAUUUCAAUAUGGAUGAUAAAUCCAUAAUGUAGUAGUGUUGGUGGUUUUGUUAGGAUUAUAUUGAUUAUGUAUUUGAU